UUGGUAUCAUCACAAUACAUUCAAUUCAAAGCACAAUACUUGUUUCUCUUCCUGGCUUUACAAAAUGCAAAGGAGCUCUCACCACUACAAACAUAACAUUGGAGAAAGGCUACAGACUCUCAGUGUACAUUGCAAGACAGAGGGAACAAAUCGUGGCCUUAGGCGCAGUUGUACGGCCUCCUCAUCAUCCCCUAGGCCUCGAGUGCAGGCAUGCACCUGCACUAAUCGUCCAGGGUGGAAUCGCUGUAGCCGGCACGGGUAUGCAGUGCCGGGGGCUGAGAAGUGGAGGAGGAACUAUGCAAACAAGGAGGUUUUAAGGAGGGCGUUGAGAUCUACACCAAACCGAAGCUUAAGUCUUCGGUGGUGGAAUUUCCAACCAACGCCUAGUCGGCUCUCUAACAUGUCUAUGGCUUAAUUAAAGGAGCUAGCUGCAAUUUUUUAUAUAAUGUUUUUGUACGUACUCGAACAGAUUGGGCUUGUAAUUUAUUUAUGUUGUUAUUCUUUAGAGGAUAUUACUCACCAAUCAGCGUUCUUA